UCCGUCUCCCCCAUAGACGCCCCAAAAAGAAAACGUCCUGCCUGUUUGUUAAUAGUUGACCUCUCCCAUCCUCCGAUUUUCUCUCUCUAACCUUUGUUGUUUCUCUCUCUAAAUUCAACAAUGGGUGGCGGCUUCCGAUGGGUCAGACCCGAGGUUUACCCUCUGUUUGCAUCGGUUGGUGUAGCCGUCGGAAUUUGCGGGUUUCAGCUCAUCCGGAAUAUUUGCGGCAACCCAGAAGUCAGGGUGACUAAGGAAAACCGAGCUGCUGGAAUCCUGGAGAAUUUUGCGGAAGGAGAGAAAUAUGCAGAGCAUCCCCUUAGGAAGUUUGUGCGCACCAAGAGCCCUGAAAUCAUGCCAAGUCUUAACAGUUUCUUCAGCGAUCCACAGUGAAGCUCCCUAAGGAAUAGCACUAUGUUGGCCCUAUGUUAUAGUGAAUUUUACUGAAGUUGCUUCCUUAUUAUUCCAUUAAAAAUGAAAUUAAUGAUGUUAUAUAAUAUUUGAACAAAGAUGGCAUUGUGUUACUUGGUCUACUCUCUAUUUUUUUUGAAGUCCUUGAGAUAUGAAAGUGGUUUAACCCAUUCAUGGGAGACCUUGUAUUAUAAAAAGCCUAUAACACCUUAUUGUUAGGCUGCUAAUUGAAUAAUCCUUUCAAGUUUCAUUUU